AUGGCCUAUUCAGCGCCCCCAUCCAACCCCGCAACCUCCGCGAAGCCCAAAGCGAAGAAUAUUCCUAACCCGCGCCGCCUCCUAAUCCUCACACCAACCUCUCAAUCCCUCACAAUAAUUCCCCCUCUCCUGCACUCCCUAACCGGCGUGCCAGUCCUCGACCCACCGCAACAGCCAGCCCCUUCACCAACCCCAACCACACCACAGCCAACCUCAAGCUCAAGCUCAACACCCCCACCACCAACAACCACCUUCGCCGGCUACACAACCCACAGCCCUCUCCGCCUCGAAACAAAAUACUACACGACAGAAGUCCCCGUCUGGGUCGACGAGAUCCCGCUCGCGAUUCACGACACAAAUGCACAAACCACAUCAACACCAACAGUCGAGCAAUGGAAAACCGACUUCUUAAGCACAGAAGCUGAGAUUGUGCGCGAGGCUGUUGGGGCUCUGGUUGUGUGCGCGCAUACUCCCAGCGAUGCGAGACCUCCACCAGGUUCCGAUGCGAACGCAGACCCCGCUGAGCGGCCCGACGUACGCGCACUGCGUGACCUGAUGCGUGGUAUUGGCGCUGUUAAGGAGCGCAUUGACGAGGAGCGCGGCGGGCUCGGCGAUGUUCCUGGUGUAUUUGUGUUGAUUGGGGGGAGGAAGGGUGCUGUGGUUGUGGGUCAGCAGGGAUCCAAGGAUCCCGAUGCGGAUCUGGGGCUUGGUGUUGAUGAUGCGGAUCUAGGUGGCGGGGAGAUGGUGCCAUUUUCAGUUGGGUGGUGGGAAGAUCAGUUGUUUGAUAUGGGGUUACUGGGGUGGGAGGUUGUUGAGUGGGAUCCUAAGGAGGCUUCGGAGGUUGAGACGAGGAAUCAGUAUGGAGAACGUGAGGGUAUGCCUCGUAUCAAAGAGGUCCUUGAGACUCAUGACUGGUCUAUGGUUGGAGGUGACUCUAGCUUUGAUGGAGAUAAUGAUCCUGAUAUGGAUUCCGAUGACGAUCUUCAAGACCAACUAUUAGGUCUGGGUGGCUCUCGUGGGUUUGGCGAUGAAGUUCAUGAAUUAGAACGUGAAAUGUUCGGUUUGCGUAUGGCAAUUGAGCGCGGAGGCGGUGAUGGUGAUGAGGAUGACUCUGAUCAUGAUGAUGGUGAGGAUGAGAUUGAUGUCGAGAGCAUGGAGGCAUUGAUGAUGCGCAUGCAGGCAAUCAAAGAUAUGAGCUCUGAGCUACCAGAGAGCGAACGGAAACGAUUUGCUGCGAAGGCUGUGCAGGAUAUCAUGCGCGAGCUUUGA